AUGCAAUUCCAAUCCCACAACCCCUCUGUAUCCACCUCAAUCUUGGCCUCACUUCAAGAGGCCCCGUUCGCUCUCGUUUCAGUGGAACAGACAACCCCAGCAGUCAAUAUUCAGAUGAAUGCCACUCAUCAGAAGGACGCCGGUUUUUCUGCACGUCUUCCAUUUGUCGACCAAAAUGACGAUGAGUCCAGCAUUUCACAGUCGUCUGGUACGACCCCAAGCAGCACUAGCGAGUCAGCAUCAACUCCCCCGACGUCCGUGGAUGGACAAUCGGCUCCAUAUAACCCAGAGGCGGAACAGGAGAAACCUGCUGAGGAUCAAGUGGAGGGUACUGAAAGGGGAGCAAGAGCGGCACAGAGGACCGGGAUUCCUUCUUUGGAUUCGGCGACAGGCGAGACAAAGAAGAGGAGGGUGAAGAAGGGCUUGAAGAAUCCCUUAAAGAAACGGCUAACGACCACUGGUUUUUAUCAACAUGCCCCUUCAGAGGACGCGGCGCAGCUCAAGCCGGGUAAAAGGCCUAAAGUGACUCGUGUCAAUGGCCGUCUGGACCCCGGUGUGUCCUCCAGAGGACAUGCUCUCAUCCCUCCACCUCCUCCAGCUUCUAGCAGGGCAGGCCUUGUUGUGGCUGCCACCGCCCCAGCCGGUGGGCACCAACCGAGCUCUGGGAACACCAAGCGACUGACGCGUCGAGACAAUGCGAGCCCGUACGGAUUACCUACCGUUGCGGGCCCAUCCACUUCUCAGGCAAAGACGAAGCAAUCAAGGAUCAAAAAUUCUUUUCCUGCCUUCGAUGUGAACACUGACUUGGCACCAAAGCCGGACAAUUCGAUGGCGGUUGUAGCUCAAGAUUACGCUCUGCGUUCUCAACCAUCAUCCGACCAGCCUCCUACAUCACCACUUCAUUCGGCACCAUCCAUGAGUGGUCCACAAGAAAUAUACGCGACCGGAUUCCACAGCGCUGUUCUCCCAAGUGACGGACGGCCCCACGGCCUAAACCAGGGUCCUCAUUUCCCUGCCGCUUGUGUGCCCACCCAAGCGGCCAACGUCAAUUUCCACCAGGAAGCGGCUGGUGUGCCUCACGUCGGGGCGGCCGUUCAUAUGGCCGUGGCCCAACCAAGUGCUUACUCAGACAAUAUAAUACAAUACCAAUCACCAGGCCUUGUCUGCCAUCAGCACCACGAUGCGCCGACCAUCUUGAACGCCUCCGGUUCCCAGAUAGCCCCUGUUGUACCCAUUUGCGGUAACCAGAGAACCGCGACCUAUCGUCAACCCCUGCCCCAGGGUCACAGACGACAAAUGGCCUUUGAUGCUCAAGCCUCCCUUCAGCAAGAUUCCUUGUACGACAACCGGGGGCCUCAAGCCCAGGUGGCACUCCCAUCUGACUACUACUCGACACCUCUGGGAGCGUACUACCCUCAGCAUCCCCGCCAUGUUCUUGUCAUAGACUGGGAGGGGUACUACACUCAUCAGGCUAGUGCAGUGGAACCCCAUGGUGACACAUAUGACGCUUGGGCAGAGAAACACGGCGCACAACACCCUCGAUUCCAGUGA